AUGUAUUUAGAUAAUUAAUAAGUGAUAGAAAGAAUAAAACAGAACUAUUUAUAAGGAAUCUAAAAUCAAUUAAAUGAAAUGGUUAAAAACAAUGGUUUAAAAAUUAGCACUUUUUUAUAUAAUGUAAUAUUUGAUAAAUCGUAUUAUCAACUUACUAGAGUUUAUAACUAUUCUGAACUUGAAUUGAAUAAAUAAAUAGGAAAAAUUUUAGUAUAUCCUAUAAUUGAAUAAGAAUUAGAGAAUACUUAAUAAAUAAUUUAAGUAAUUCCUUUGAUUUUACUUUUUCUGAUUGGUUAAAAAGUGGAUAUAAAUUUAUGUUAAAAUCAAGAUAAUUAAAAUUUUUGGAAAAUGAUUUUAAUGGCUGCAACAAAUACAUGUAAUAAUGAUAUUUCAGAUAAGGAAUAUUUUAAAGUAUUUUAAAUGAACUUAGAAACUAAAUUCAAAUAGAUUUAACCUAUUAAUUUGGAAGAAACAGUAAAUAUAAUUGUUAGCAGUAAAAAAUUGCUUGAAUUAUUAAAUUUAUUGUUCUAUAACGAUUAUUAUCAUGUUGCUAUUAGUUCUUUUAAUAAUUAGGAUCUCUUUGUAGAUUUUUAAAUCGAAAAAAGAUUAUAAAUUAUUAUGAAUUCAUAUCAAUUUUUAUAGUAGCGAGAUAAGGGAAAUAUUAAAUCAUCAAUAGAAGAUUCAAAAAUGAAAGUUGCUAUCUCAUUUAUAGAAAAGAAUUAUAAUUAUUAGUAUUUAACUGAGAGAUUUAAUAAUAUUUAAGCAGGGAUUGCCAUAUUUAGUUUAAUUCAAUUAGAUCAUAAACAAUUUUAAAAUUUCUUCUAUUCCAAAAGACCUUCUGUGUAAGAAUAAUUAUUUAAUUAACUUAUGGAUAUAGCAGAAGUUUCAGAGAAUCUUUUUUUAAAUUUACUCUUAGUUGGGAAAUGUUUAUCUAAAUUAAGAUAAUGGGAAUAUGCUCUCAAAAUUUAUGCUAAAUUGUUAUAUUUAAUAAGCAAUCAAUAAGAUAAAGAGAAAUUUAGAAUCUACAUCUAAUUUAAGAUAUGUAAAAUUCAAUUUUUGUAAGGAUAAAUUAGUGAAUCGAAGAGGAAACUCAAAUAAUUAAACAAUUUAAUAGAAAAAUACGAAAAUUAACAUAUAGAAUAUUAUUAGCCAAAUAAUAGAGAAAUCAAGCAUUAAAGCUUAAUUAUUUCAUUAUUGAUAAGUGUCUAUACUAAUUAGAUAGAUUUAAAAAGGGAGAUUAUGAUAAAAAUUGCUCCAAUUAUCAAAUUAAUUAAUUAGAGUACAUAAAAAAGAUAUUUUAAUAUGUUGUAAUAUGAAUUCUUUAGACUUAUUCAAUAAUAGGGAAUGAUAUUUAGGAGUUUAGAAGGAUAAACAUAAUUAGACUUUAUUCUAAAGAAAACUUAAUAAGUAUGUUAGGAAAGAUAAGAUAUUGAAUAAAAAAGUAAUAAUUUUUUGGCAAAAUUUAAAUCCAUUUUUAAUUCUCCAAAUUAAAAAGGUGAAAAAUUAAUACAAAUUAAAAGUUAUUAUAGAGCAAUAGAGGAAUUUCUUAUUAUAAAUGUGUUAAUUAGAAAAAGAGACAUUUGUAUUUUAUAAUAUUUUAAUCCUAAUCUAUAUCCAUUAUUAAGAGUAUUUCUUGAAAAAAAUCUUUUAUAUAAUUUGGAAAUGAAAUCAGAAAUAUACUUUUUUAUUCAUGAUUUUGAGGAAGCAUAUUAAUUGGCAAAGCAAACAAAAAAUGAAAAAAUGAUAGGAUAGAUCUUAGAGUAUUGCGGUAAAUAUGAAGAUGCUAUUAAAAUCUACAAAAAUAUAAAAAUUCCAAAUAUUGAGAUUAGUUGUGCCAUAUUAUUAAAAAUCUUAAAUGAUGAGAAUAGAAGUAAAAUUGAAAAAUGUUAAUCAUAAUAUAAUUCACAAGAAAAUGCAAUAACUUAUUUUUUAAAUUUAGUUCAAAAGUAAGGAUCAUAUAAAAUUUUAUCUUAAAAGUAUUUAGAAAUUUUAUUACAACGCUCAGAUUCACAAGUACAAUUAUCAGAAAUUAUAGCAAAGGUAGAAGGAGAGAAAACACUUAAAAAUCGCGAGACUGGAAAAUAUUAACAAUCAGAGGAUGUUGAAGAGAUAGUUUAAACUAAAUCAUAAGAUAUCGAAACUUUUAGAAGUGUAUCAUAAUAUUUGUAAGAGUUUUUAUUAGAGGAGGAUUAAUUGAAAUAAAGUUUUAAUUUUCCAAUAAGAAAAGAUAUUAGAUUAUUUUAUCAUAGGUUGAGAAAUGAUUUAAAAUAGGAAUAAGAUGGUUGUUUAAUAAAUCUAUUAGAUGAAUUUGUUAAGAAAACUCAAUUUUUAAAAUAUGAAACUGAAGUAUUAUUCAAUAAUAAUGAUGAUGUAGAACAGUUAGGUUAAGGAGGAAAUAGUAAAGUAUACAAAUUCAAUUUUUAAGAUUAAUCUUUUGCUGCGAAAGAGAUUUAAUUUGAGUAUAUGGAAAAUAACAUUAAUUAAGAUGUGAAAUCUGAUAUUGAAAGUAAACUUUUAGAAAUCUGCAUUGUUUGUGAUAUCACUAUUUCAAAAACUAAAUAUUGUUUAGGAAUUGAACAUUUAGGACUCUUUUCUAACAUAUAAGGGUAAUUAAGAAGUUUCUAAAUUAUAUUAAUCACAAAAAUAUAUAAUAAUUAUUAAGAGAUGAUAAAUUGGAAUGAAAUUGAUAAAAUAAAAUAUGUUUAUAAAUUAUCAUUAGGACUUACUACUUUAUAAUUAGAGAGAAAAUUACUUCAUUUGGAUUUGAAACCUGAUAAUGUUUUAGUUGAUAAAAAAAAAAAAAAUCCUAUUAUAGUUGAUUUUGGAUUGUCAAAGUAUUCUCAUAGAUCUUAAAAUCUUAGUAGUGGAAUAAAAUAAAUGACAUAUAAAUAUGUUGAUCCUGAAUUAGGAUACUCUAAUUUUUAAAGUAGAAAGAAUGAUGUGUACUCAUUUGGAGUUACAUUAUUUUAGUAUUUUUCUGGUUGCAUUCCAUAUGAAGGGAUUUAAGACUAUCUUAUUUUAGGGAGAAUUAAAUACUUUUAAGAACAUCAUAAAGUUAUGAUAUAAAAUAUUAAAAAUAAUCUCAUAUAAGAUUUAAUUAUAGAUUGUACAUAACCAAUAGCUAAUAGAAUUUCAUUUAUAUACGUUAUUAAGAGAUUAUUUAUGUAUUAAUAUUAGAUAAUCAAUCCUUAAGUUAAAUAAUUAAUUGAAAUACUUUUUGAUCAUAUUGAAUAUUUAUAAAAUGAAAGAAAAAUAAACACAAUUUAUCCUUAUAUAAAAGUAAUGAAAUUAUUUAUUAAGUAUACAAAUAGUUUUUAAACAACAACAUUAGAAAAUAAAGUUCUUUAAAAUUAUAUAAUACUUUCUUCUAAGACUUCAACUUAAAGUUUUCCAUAAAUUAUAUAAAGAAUGAAAUACUUUAUAAAUUGGGCAAGUUUAAAUUAACAUGAAUUUGUACUGAAACUUCUUGAUUUCUAAAUAAAUUUUAAUUAAAUUCAUUAAGAUAAAGUGUGGAUUACUUUUAAUUUUUGGGUUGAAGAUGCAUAAAACAUAUUAUAAACUAAUAUGAUCUUAUAGAUUCCCUUUUACUUAAGGAUUAUUGAAAUACUAAAAUAAAUUCAUUAAUAUUCAAUAUGCUUAUUAUAUAUAUCAUUAGAAAAAAUAUAUAUAAAGGAUGACAAAAUAAUAUUGAAUUGUUUUGAAUAUUCAUAAAAUCUUAAAAUUGAUUAAAAUAAAUUAUAUGAACUUAAUUGUUAAAAAAUUGAUCCUGAUAUUAAUCAAUCAAUGAAAUAUAAAUAUGAAAAUGACAUUUAUGCAUUAUUUGUAUUAAUUGAAUAAACUAAAUAAUAAAUGAAAUUAGAUUAAGAUAUUUAAGAUAAAGUUACUUAAUUUUUGUAAAUUUUUAACUAAAAUUAAGUAAUAUCUUUAGAAGAAAUCAUUGGUGAACUAUAAAAUUGA